UGCGCGGUCACCCUUCUCCUGAGUGAGGCGGUCCCGGAGCGGGGCGGGCGUCGCGGGCCCGGGCCUCGCAGCCCGCCAGCCCUACGCUGAGCUGCCUCCUGCGCCUGGCUCGGCCCGCAGCCGUGGAACGAGUUUCUAGAGCUAUACUCCCCAGGUGUAGUUGCAGCUCCAGUUUGGUCCCCCGGUCGAUGCUGACACCUAAGGCCCAGCUGAUUUCUCUUCAUCUCUGCGAAGUUACUGCACCAUGGCAGGCCAACUGUUCUAUCGGUGGAUGCGCAGAACUCACCGCCGGAAAAUGGAAGAACCUCCAAAGAACAUUGAAGAAUUCUUAAAGAUUCAAAAUUGGGAUUAUUGGCCAAGGGAAAUCCCUUUUGAAGAUGAUGAUAAAUGGUUAUACACUCUGAAGAAAAUAGAAGAAGAUACUUCAUUUAGUUCAAUUUAUACACAUCUGUGGGGAAAGGUACCACGAAUAUAUGAUCCACUUCUGAUCAUGGAGUCAAGAUUAGAGGAAUGUUUAAUUCUUCUGGAAAACCACGCCUCCAAAAUAUUUGAGUGGAACAGAGUACUUUCCAAGACAAGUUCUCAUGAAAAAUUGGAAAGAUACAAGGCAUUUCUAAGGAAGUACCAGAAGAAAAAGAAGAUAAUGCUUUCGGCUGAAAUGGAAACAAAGAAGAAUAUAGAGGGUUGCAACUUCUCAGGAUUCAAAACAAAUGAGCUUACUCAACUACCCAGACAUUUGGAUGCUGAACGAAUUUAUCUUUAUAUUUUAAAAGCCCAUAACUUUGAUGAAAAAGUUUUUAAAAUCUGGAAGACUUAUUUUCUCUCAGAAGCCUCUAUUGCUCUUUUGCAUGAUUGCUUUUGGUGGUGGUUUCUCCAUAAAUUUAAGGUAUAUCCUGAUUGUUUGGCACAAGCUAUCUAUGCAGCAUUCCAGGAAGCGUUUCCAGAAUCCAGUAAUCUCUUUAAUGAUGAAUUUAAACAAGAUCUAGGGAAUAACAUUUUUCUUUGGUUGUCAGGUUUAAAACCUCAUAAAGGCUUUUGGACCCACUGGAAACUGAACGAACUCGCCACAACAACGAUACAUGGUACCAAGAAAAUACCUUCAGAUGCUGUAAAGGACUGUAUUGCAAGGAGUCAGGAACGCAUAACAGCUUCUAUAGACUUCAAUAUGGCGGAAAUUUUAAAGAACCCAAGAGCAUAUACACUGCUCACGUCCAAGGAAGUACCAAGAUUAUCAAGUCUAACAACCAAGUCCCAUUAUAGUAGCAGUGGUCCAGAGUUUAACCGUGUGCUCUUCAAUUUUGGAGGUCAGAGUCCUCUGAUUCUCUAUUAUCUUAAGAUGCAUGAGUUAAAUGGUAUUUCCAAAAUCCCUAGACAAACCAAGAUUAAGUUCACUGAGAUAUUACGAGAACCACCACCUGCUCCAACUUACCGUGAUAUUAUAAAGGAGGCGAAAAGACAAUUUGCAAAGAACCAAAAGGAUUUGAGGAUGGAAAAGCACAGAAUUAGUGAAGAAAUAAAACUCCUAAGACAGCGGCAGGAAAGAAUUGACAAGGAGCUUGACAGACUCCAAACAAAAGCUACCAAGAAACCUCAUGAAGCUAAGGAUGACUUUGAGAAGUUCCUACAUAAAGUGCGUCCUGAAGCUCAAAUUGAGAGAGAAUUUCUGGCAUCACUAUCAUCAUCAUCAACAACAACAGAAAACUGCAACUUGGAGGAAGAGGAAAGUCAAGAAAAACCAGAAAUCAACUUUAUUUAAGACCAUUGCUUACAAUUCGAUUGUAUCAGUUUAAUUGUAGCACUAUGUUUAACUCCAGUUCAAUCCAUGAGGUCAGAAUUGAGUGUCUUUUACCAUUCAUCUUUAAAAAUCUUGAAAUCAAUAAAUCUCAGAAAAUCAUCCUUAA